CUCAGUUAAGACCUCGUUCUGCCGCGCGGCGCUCCGGUGAACUUUGUGGACGGGACUGCGGACGAUGUUGCCCGCGCUGUGCCCGCUGCUGCUGCUCGCGCUGCCCGCCGCGCUGCCCACCGCGAGCUCCUUCCAGGUCCACGUCGCGCAGGGCGCUCCCCGCGGCACCGCUGUAGCCAACCUGUCCGUGGGCGCGCACGGCUGGCUCUACUCUGUGGACAGGACGGCGACCCCCGCGUACGUGCGGGAUUUCUUGGAGUUAGAGAGGCACUCGGGAACGCUCACGGUGUCCGGGAAGGUGGACUGCGCUCUCCUGCGGAGCAACCCGGCGCAUUUCGCGGUGACCCUGUGCGCCUCCUCCUCGCCCGCGCGCCGCAUCUCCGCGCGUUUACGCGUGUUCGUGCACGGCCCGCGCUGCCACUUCAGGCGCACGAGGAAGAGCGCGCGCGGUGAGUCCCGCGUGCUCCUGCACUACGUGCUGGGGCCGGAUGACGCCUCCUGCGUCCCCGCUGCCGCGCUCCUGCGCGAGCUCAGCAUCUGCCUGCCUGCGCUUCUGUGGGGCGCGCGCGCCUCUGCGCUGUCCUGCGCCCACGGUGAGCUGCCGGCGCGCGCUGUCGACGAGCGCGUCUGCGUGCGGAGCCCGGAGCGCUGGGAGUGCGCCCUGCGGAGCGCCGGGGUCGAGCGCGCCACCGUACGAGUCCACGCGCGCAUCUCUCGUGGGCUGCCGGAGUCCUGGGGCAAUCGGCUGAAGAGGAACGUGAACUCACCUCCCCAGUUCCAGCUGCCCAACUACCAGGUGUCGGUGCCGGAGAACGAGCCCCCGGGUACGAGGGUCAUUACUCUGAAGGCGAGCGACUCGGAUGAGGGCGACGGCGGCACGGUCGAGUAUGCCAUGGAGGCACUCUUCGACCACAGGUCCAACGAGCUGUUCCGAAUCGACCCUCUCACGGGAAGCGUAACGACGCUGCGGCGCCUCGACAGGGAGGUGAAGGACACGCACGUGUUUAAGGUGACGGCCACGGACGGCGGCACUCCCCGGAGGUCGGCCACGGCCUACCUCACGGUCACUGUCAGCGACACCAAUGACCACGCCCCCGUGUUCGAGCAGACGGAGUACAAGGUGCGCAUCCGGGAGAACGUGGAGGUGGGUUUCGAAGUGCUCACCGUCAGGGCCACGGAUGGCGAUGCUCCAUCCAACGCCAACAUGGUGUACAGGAUCGUGAAUGGCGACGGCGCGAACUCUGUCUUUGAGAUCGAUCCUCGGAACGGACUUGUUAAGAUCAGGGUUCGCCCUGACCGCGAAACCACGCCUCGGUACCAGCUCAUAGUGGAAGCCGACGAUCAGGGCCGAGACCCAGGGCCCCGCAGCGCCACGGCCACAGUGCACAUCACGGUGGAGGAUGAGAACGACAACUACCCGCAGUUCAGCGAGAAGAGGUACGUGGUGCAGGUGCUGGAGAACGUAGCGGUCAACAGCAGGGUGGCCCAGGUGGAGGCCACCGACCGGGAUGAGGGCAUCAACGCCAAGGUGCACUACAGCAUUGUGAGUGGCAACGUCAAGGGCCAGUUUUACAUCCACUCCCCUACGGGCAUCAUCGACGUCAUCAACCCGCUGGACUACGAGACGAUCCGGGAGUACAACUUGCGCAUCAAAGCUCAGGACGGCGGCCGACCGCCCCUCAUCAACAGCACGGGCCUGGUGGUGGUGCAGGUGGUGGAUGUGAACGACAACGCACCCAUGUUCGUCAGCACACCGUUUCAGGCCACCGUGCUGGAGAACAUGGCCAUCGGACACUCUGUGAUACACAUCCAGGCCAUCGAUGCGGACUCCGGGGACAACGCACGUCUGGAAUACAGGCUGCUGGACACGAGCCCCGGCUUUCCGUUCGCAGUGAACAACAACACCGGUUGGAUUACGGUCGGCGUGGAGCUGGACAGGGAGACCACGGAGUUCUACUCCUUUGGCGUUGAAGCGCGCGACCACGGCUUUCCCGUGAUGUCAUCCUCGGCCAGCGUCAGCAUCACGGUGCUGGACGUGAACGACAACGUUCCCACGUUCACGCAGAAGGUGUACUCCCUGAAGAUCAACGAGGACGCCCUAGUGGGGACCAGCGUGCUGACGGUUACCGCGGUGGACCGCGACGUCAACAGCGUGGUGACCUAUCAAAUCACCAGCGGAAACACGCGCAACCGGUUCGCCAUCACCAGUCAGAGUGGCGGUGGACUGAUCACACUGGCCUUGCCGCUGGACUACAAGCAGGAGCGCCAGUACGCCCUGACGGUGACCGCUUCAGACGGCACGCGCGCUGACACGGCACAGGUGUUUGUCAAUGUCACCGACGCCAACACCCACCGGCCCGUCUUCCAGAGCGCCAGUUACCAGGCGCUGAUCAGCGAGGACCGGCCCGUGGGCUCCACCGUGGUGGUGAUAUGUGCCACGGACGAGGACACUGGAGAGAACGCGCGCAUCACGUACAUCAUGGAGGACAAUGUGCCCCAGUUCAAGAUUGACCCUGACUCGGGUGCCAUCAUCACGCAGAUGGAGAUUGACUACGAGGACCAGGCCUCCUACACACUGGCCAUUGUUGCCCGCGACAACGGCAUCCCCCAGAAGCAGGACACCACGUAUGUGGAGAUCAUCGUCAUGGAUGCAAAUGACAACGCCCCUCGCUUCCUGCGAGACGUGUACCAGGGCACCGUGUUGGAGGAUGCGCCAGUGUACACCAGCGUGCUGCAGAUCUCGGCCUCUGACAGAGACUCAGGGUCCAACGGGAGGUUAAGCUACACGUUCCAGGGCGGUGACGACGGGGACGGGGACUUCUCCAUCGAGCCCUACUCGGGCAUCAUCAGGACGGCCAGGAAGCUGGACCGGGAGAACGUGCCCAAGUACAACCUGAAGGCAUAUGCGGUGGACAGGGGCGUGCCUCCGCUGAGGGCGGCUGUGGACGUUCAGGUGUCCGUGCAGGACAUCAACGACAACGCGCCCGUGUUCGAGAAGGACGUGCUGGACAUCUUUGUGGAGGAGAACAGUGCUGUUGGCUCCACCGUGGCCCGGAUCGCUGCAACGGACCCAGAUGAGGGCACAAACGCUCAGAUCAUGUACCAGAUUGUGGAGGGAAACGUCCCGGAGGUGUUCCAGCUGGACAUAUUCACAGGUGACCUGAUCGCCCUCUCCGAUUUGGACUACGAGGCCCAAACGGAGUAUGUGAUCGUAGUGCAGGCGACGUCGGCUCCCCUCGUCAGCAGGGCCACCGUUCACCUGCACCUUGUGGAUGUGAACGACAACGACCCCGUCUUGCAGGACUUUGAGAUUAUCUUCAACAACUACGUGACCAACAAGUCUAACAGCUUUCCGUCCGGCGUGAUCGGAAAGGUGCCGGCGCGGGACCCGGACGUGUCGGAUAAGCUGCGCUACAGCUUCACCGAGGGCAAUGAGCUAACCCUCCUGGUGCUGAACCCGGACACCGGCGAUCUGAGACUCAGCGGGGACCUGGACAAUAACCGUCCUCUGGAGGCGACCAUGAAGGUGUCUGUUACAGAUGGGAUCCAUGGUGUGACAGCGACAUGCACCCUUCGUGUUACGAUCAUCACGGAUGACAUGCUCACCAACAGCAUCACGGUGCGUCUGGAGAACAUGUCCCAGGAGCGCUUCCUCUCACCGUUGCUGUCGCUCUUCGUCGAGGGGGUGGCCACCGUCCUGUCUGCGGGCCGCGAAGACGUCUUCGUCUUCAACAUCCAGAAUGACACAGAUGUGCGCGGCAGCAUCCUCAACGUUACCUUCUCGGCCCUGCGACCAGGUGCCGGGCCCGGGCGUUACCUGCCGUCGGAGGAGUUGCAGGAGCAGAUCUAUCUAAACCGCACCCUGCUGACGCUGGUGUCCUCGCAGCGCGUCUUGCCUUUCGAUGACAACAUCUGCCUGCGCGAGCCCUGCGAGAACUACAUGAAGUGUGUGUCGGUGCUGCGCUUCGACAGCUUGGCGCCCUUCAUCGCCUCGGACACCGUCCUCUUCAGGCCGAUCCAUCCGGUGAACGGCCUACGCUGCCGCUGCCCCCCUGGCUUCACUGGGGACUACUGCGAGACCGAGAUCGACCUGUGCUACUCGGGGCCCUGCCGCAACAACGGGAAGUGCCGCAGCCGCGAGGGCGGCUACACCUGCGAGUGCCUGGAGGAUUUCACAGGCGAGCACUGCGAGGUGGACGCCCGCUCAGGGCGCUGCGUGCCCGGUGUGUGCAAGAACGGAGGGAAGUGUGUGGACCUGCUGGUGGGUGGCUUUCUUUGCCAAUGCCCCGCGGGAGAUUACGAGAAGCCCUACUGCGAGGUGACCACACGCAGCUUCCCCGGCCGCUCCUUCGUUACAUUCAGAGGCCUGCGCCAGAGGUUUCACUUCACCUUGUCCUUCAUGUUUGCAACCCGAGAGAGGAACGCCCUCCUGCUGUACAAUGGCAGAUUCAACGAGAAGCACGACUUCAUUGCCCUGGAGAUCAUCGAGGAGCAGGUCCAGCUUACCUUCUCUACAGGAGAGACGAAAACCACGGUGUCACCCUUCGUCGCCGGGGGAGUCAGCGAUGGCCAGUGGCACUCGGUGCAGCUGCAUUACUACAACAAGCCCAACAUUGGACGUCUCGGUGUACCCCAUGGGCCCUCUGGGGAGAAGGUGGCUGUGGUCGCUGUGGAUGACUGCGACAUCGCCAUGGCAGUGCACUUUGGCAAUCACAUUGGGAAUUACUCAUGCGCCGCUCAGGGCACCCAGACGGGACAGAAGAAGUCUCUGGACCUCACGGGCCCUCUGCUCCUGGGUGGGGUACCGAACCUGCCCGAGGACUUCCCCGUGCACAACCUUGACUUUGUGGGCUGCAUGAGGAACCUCACCAUCGACAGCCAGCCCAUUGACAUGGCUAGCUUUAUUGCCAACAACGGGACCACAGCAGGAUGCACAGCAAAGCGUGACUUCUGCACAAAGAAUGUGUGUCAGAACGGGGGCACCUGCAUAAACAAGUGGAACACAUAUUCCUGUGACUGCCCGCUGCGCUUCGGGGGCAAGAAUUGUGAGCAAGCUAUGCCAUCCCCUCAGUACUUUGACGGCCAGGCUGUAGUGUCUUGGAGCGAGCCAGACAUCACAGUUGCCAUUCCCUGGUACCUGGGCCUGAUGUUCCGGACACGGCGGAGCAGUGGGACAUUACUACACACCAGCAUCGGGAUGUCUUCCAGGAUAAACCUUGAGAUCAGCAAUAAGCACUUGAGCUUUAAGGUGUUCCUCGGAGAGCAGAGGGUCGCCAGUCUGGAGUUCGCCCAGGUCCGGGUCAAUGAUGGGGACUGGCAUCACGUCCUGGUGGAGCUGAAAAGCAUCAAGGAUGGAAAAGACAUCCAGUAUAUGGCUACGGUCUCACUAGACUACGGCAUGUUCCAGAGCACAGUGGAGAUUGGGAAUGAGCUUCCAGGUCAGAGGCUGAAGAGCCUGUUUGUGGGUGGAGUCCUAGGCCCAGAUGGUUUGGUCAAGCAUGGCUUCCAGGGCUGCAUGCAGGGUGUACGUAUGGGGGAAACAGCCACCAACACAGGCAACAUCAACAUGCUCCAGGGCCUGAAGAUUCGCGUGGAGGAGGGGUGUGACUUGGCCGACCCCUGUGAUGCCAACCUGUGUCCCGAACACAGCCACUGCAGCGAUGACUGGAGCGCCCAUACCUGUGUCUGUGACCCAGGUUACUUUGGGAAGGACUGUGUGGACGCCUGCCAGCUGAACCCCUGCGAACACACUUCCAGCUGCAUCCACAAGCCGAGCUCCUCCCACGGCUACACUUGUGAGUGCGGCCAGAACUACUACGGACAAUACUGCGAGAAAAAGGUGGACCAGCCUUGUCCUCGCGGUUGGUGGGGGAACCCAGUGUGUGGGCCCUGUAGCUGUGACGUCAUUAAGGGUUUCAACCCAGACUGCAACAAGACAACGGGCGAGUGCUACUGCAAGGACAAUUACUACAGGCCAAAGGGUGAGGACACCUGCUACCCAUGUGACUGUUACCCUCUGGGUGCUCACACGCGCACCUGCGACCCCCACACGGGCCAGUGCUCCUGCAAGGCAGGCGUGAUUGGGCGCCAGUGCAACCGCUGCGACAGCCCCUUCGCCGAAGUGACAGCCAGCGGGUGUCAGGUCGUUUACGAGGGCUGCCCGAAGGCCUUUGACACAGGAAUCUGGUGGCCCAAAACCAAGUUUGGCCGUCCUGCAGCCGUGAACUGUCCCAAGGGAUCCGUUGGCACUGCCAUCCGACACUGCAGUGAUGAGAAGGGCUGGCUUCCCCCCGAGCUCUUCAACUGCACCACCGUUACCUUUUCGCAGCUCAGGAGACUGAAUGAAGAGAUGCACCAGAACGAAACAAUAAUAGACGGCGAGAAGUCCAAGAGCAUUGCUCGAAUGCUGCGGAACGCCACCGAGCACACAGACACCUUCUAUGGCAACGAUGUGAGGACAGCAUACCAUCUUCUCUCCCAGCUACUAGAAUAUGAGAGCCAACAGCAGGGCUUUGAGCUUGCAGCUACGCGGGACGCUGAUUUCAAUGAGAACAUCAUCAAGGCUGGCAGUGCCAUCCUGGACCCCAGGAACAAAGAUCACUGGGAGCACAUUCAGCGGUCUGAGGGCGGUACUGCACAACUGCUUCGGCACUUCGAGGAGUAUUCUGACAUCCUGGCGCAGAAUAUGAAGAGGACCUACUUGAAACCCUUCACCAUCGUCACAGACAACAUGAUUGUAGCCGUUGACUACCUGGACACCUCCAGUCCGGAUCAUGCCAAGAUGCCUCGCUUCCGGGAAAUCCGGGAUGCCUAUCCCAAAGACCUGGAAUCUUCCAUCCAGUUCCCCAAGUUCACCCUUACAGCAAGUGAUGGCAAAGGGGAGUCCACAGAGGAGCCUUUCACUCAGACGGACAACACUGGGGUGGACUUCACGCCAUCUGCAAAGAAAAGGCGACAUGCAGACGGCAACGGGCCGCUUCCUGUUGCCGUGGUGAUCGUCUACAGGUCCCUUGGCCAGCUUCUGCCCCAGCGCUAUGAUCCGGACCGCCGGAGCCUGAGACUGCCCAACCGGCCCAUCAUCAACACUCCCAUUGUGAGCACGGCAGUCCACAGCGAAGGGGUGCCGUUGACUGCGCCCCUGGAGCAGCCCAUCACCCUGGACUACACCCUGUUGGAGACAGAGGAGCGCACAAAGCCUGUCUGCGUGUUCUGGAACCACUCCAUAGCGAUUGGAGGAACGGGUGGUUGGUCCUCAAAAGGCUGCGAGCUGGUCUUCAGGAACAACACCCACAUCCGGUGCCAGUGUAAUCAUAUGACCAGCUUUGCUGUGCUCAUGGACAUCUCCAAACGAGAGCAUGGGGAUGUGCUGCCCCUGAAGAUCUUCACCUACACUGCAGUGUCAGCUUCUCUGGUGGCCCUUCUGCUCACCUUCAUUCUGCUGGCUAUAAUUCGAAAACUGCACUCCAACCUGCACAGCAUCCACAAGAACCUGGUGGCGGCGCUGUUCUUCUCCGAGCUCGUCUUCCUCAUCGGCAUCAACCAAACAGAAAACCCGUUCUUGUGCACCGUGAUUGCCAUCCUUCUGCACUACUUCUACAUGUGUACCUUUGCAUGGAUGUUUGUGGAGGGCCUGCACAUCUACCGCAUGCUAACCGAGAUGCGCAACAUCGACCACGGCCAAAUGCGUUUCUACUAUGCAAUCGGCUGGGGCAUCCCUGCUAUAAUUACUGGUCUGGCUGUUGGCCUUGACCCGCAAGGCUACGGAAACCCAGACUUUUGUUGGCUGUCUGUCCACGACACCCUCAUCUGGAGCUUUGCUGGGCCCAUUUCUGUUGUAGUUCUGGUCAACAUUGUGGUGUUUGUGUUGGCUGCCAAGGCCUCGUGUGGACGAAGACAGCGAAUGUUUGAGAAAUCAGGAGUCAUAUCAGCUCUGCGCACUGCCUUCUUGCUGCUGCUGCUUAUCAGUGCCACCUGGCUACUGGGCCUGAUGGCGGUCAAUAGUGAUGUCAUGACCUUCCACUAUCUCUUUGCUGUGUUCAGCUGUCUGCAGGGCAUAUUCGUUUUCUUCUUGCACUGUGUAUUCAAUAAAGAUGUGAGAAAGAAUCUGAAGAAUGUCUUCAUGGGCAAGAAACCACUUCCAGAUGAGUCGAGUGCAACCCGUGCCACUCUGUUGACUCGAUCUCUGAACUGUAACAACACAUACACCGAGGACGGAGCCCUGUACCGCACACCCAUUGGGGAGUCCACCGUCUCCAUGGAGACCAGCGUCAGGUCAGCCCACAGCCACCGCAGCUACCUUACUCACGUUUUCAGGGACGACUCAGGACUUAAGCCUAGUGGUUCAUCAGGCACGGCCAAAGUUGGACACGCUGACGGGGAGACCUCCAUUUUCCAGGGGAAUGGCACCAAAGGAGAUGACUCAGAUUCGGACAGCGAGCUCUCACUUGACGAGCACAGCAGCUCCUACGCCUCCUCACACUCCUCAGACAGCGAGGAGGAUGAAGUGGACAUCAAAGGCAAAUGGAACCCAAGCACACCCAAGAACAACGAGCGCCAGCCUCUGCACAGCACCCCAAAAGUGGAUACGUUGUCCAAUCACGUGAAGCCUUACUGGCCGACAGAUGGAAUGACAGCCAGUGACAGCGAGGAUCUGAGCAGAGUGGAGAAACUGCGGGUGGAAACCAAGGUCGACGUGGAGCUUCACCCAGAGAACAAGCUGAACCACAUCAAGGACCUUCCUGAGGAUAAGGAGCUGUCGGGCAAGGAAGUGAGCCCACCCAGCCAGCUCAACAGCAACCACAAGGCUGAGCAAAGGAAAGGGAUUCUAAAGAACAAGAUCACAUACCCACUUCCGCUGACAGACAAGAAUAUGAAGAAUCGCUUGCGGGAGAAGCUGUCAGACUACAACCCACCUACCAUCACCAGGGCAUCAUCUCUAGGGUCCAAUGAAGGCAUUCGGCCGGCCCAUGGGAACAACGGCGUAGUCAUCAAGCCGCCACAUCGGCUCUCGCCAACACCCAGAGAGCAGCCCAACGGGGUUGCCAUGAGCCUGCGGCGGGGCUUAGUCAAUGGCGAUGACGACACGGACUCUGAUGGCAGUAACGAAACCUCGAUCUGACUCUCAGGAUGCCUGUGGAGACUGCCUCUUGCUGGUGGGGAUGUCAGAAUUCCCACGCAGACCCACCGUCGAAAGCUUACAGCCCACCAGCUCUUUGGCUCCUGUGGAGUACAGUAUUAACGCACACUUCUGCCUGCCAGAGAAAAAAGGAAUGAAUGUGACCACACGGCCACCAGAAGGGGACAGGGACUCCACCCUGAGCAUGUGGCUUCUUAAACUCCAGACUGUAUGGAACUCUGUGGUACAGGAAACUGUCACUAGGGGGCCAUGUUUGCCACCAUUGGUCAUUUUUGCUCAUUUGUGUUAUUGCGAACUAAAAUCAGACACAAGUGCAGUUGCUACUGCCACUGUGGGAGGGGUCCGCAUCAUGUCAGUGCUUGGUCCUGACCUCGUGCACAAUGCAGAAUCUCCUAUGAAUCCAUUCUCUGGGCAGGGAUGAAGUCACUGCACCACAAAACCAUGUUCCGGUCAGUCUUCCUUCCAAGAAGAACAGUCUAAAAUUAAUGACCUUUGAGUGAAACUAAUCUGUAGAUACAUUUUGAAUGUGAUAUUUUGUAUUUUGUCACCUUUGUUGAAAAGAAUGGGGGGAUAAAUUCUCAUGUGUAAAUUGCAACUAUUUUUUUUACAUCUCAAGGUGAAAUGUUCUGCUCUGGAGGUUAAUUUUACACUUUUUCUUCCAGCUGUGUAUUACACAGUGUGUCAGUGUGAUUGUGCCAUAUGGUUUGUUUACAUCAAAAAAAGCAUUUGCUUUUGCCUUAGAAAAAAUGUUUUGGGGGUAAAUUUGAAGCAUUAUUUCAGAAAGCUGAAAAACAGUUCAAUCAGUGAUGUACCGUGAUGCCUUCUUCUAAGCAUUCCCACCUCACACGUCUGCCUUAGACCCAGAAGCAGGAGUUCGAGGGGAGGGUCACCACGCAGUGUUACGAUAUCCCCCAAAGUAAACCCCAAAGGUCUGCCAUUUACAGAAGCAGAAGAUGCUUCAUGGACACCGGGUGUAGUAGAAACCCAAAUGGUUUGGUACCAAGUGAGCAAUCCAUUCAGUUUUAUUUGGCACCCAUCAGCACCAAGCCUCCUCUGAGCCUUUGAUAUGAAGUCUUAUGGGGAACAAAGGCAUGGAACAGAUACUGCUGGCAGCAACGAAACCAUGUUGCAGUGGAUGGUGUCGCAGUAGCAAGGUGUUCGCAUUGCAGGAUCCUUGCAGAAGCCCUUGGUUCGGAGCAAGGUGGCCGACACGAGCUCAGCUGCUUCUUGAGGAGCGCUCACCCACCACCAAAUGCCUUACAGUACAGUGAAAUGACAGCUGGAACUACUCUCAGGCGUCGGGAGCCAUAACUCCACCGAGGAGCACAGCGAGGCCCCCUUCUAUAGCACCAGUCUCCGCAUUUACACCCAUCCUGCGAGUGUUCACUCUCUUACGGUGUCAGAUAUCUGAGAAUAAAUUUGGUCUCGCUCAUGUAGAUCAUUUUAACGUUGCCAUAAAAGGAAGCGGCUACCAAGGUUUUGCACUAAACAUGCUAUUAAAGAAUGUUCUCAAAGUUUUAUAAUCAAAACUGUUGCUAUGGUGACGGCAUGCCCUAGAGUACUGGGGUGUACUUUUGAAAAUCUUUUUCUGUGGUAUAGCGCCCACAGUACAGUCUCGAAGACUCCGCAUUUGUUAAAGAGCGAUUUUACGCCAAGGACUACUUCUGUAAGAAACUCGCUGACGUAAAACCUACAAGAAUGAAUCAUAGCGCAGAUGGGAUGUUGGUGACAAGCAAUGUAUGACCGCUACCGUCCCAUGUCAAACAACUGAGAAGACCCCCCCCUCAGUCACCACCUCAAGUGACCACAUCUUUCAGCUGCUUUUCUCUUAAAGCUGUUUUUUUUUUUUUUUUUUUUUUAUGAACAUACACACUGGAUAUGCUUUGUAACAUAAGUGUAUUUAUUUUUAUUUACUUUCAAGACACUGGAAAAGAAACCAUUAAA